AUGAAGAUUUUCAUUAUCUGCUCGACUGAUAAUCCGGUGUCUGACAGUCUACCGUACUUAGAUUUUUCUUUCUUAUUUAUUGAUUCUCCCUUUUUUUUUCUUCUUUUUUUUCAUUUUUUCUUUUUUUAUUUGUUUUUAUUAAGAUUAAUUUUUUUUUUCGUUCUUUUCAUUUUUUCUUUUUCAGUUCCAUUGUUUUAUUUUUUUACUGUGACGUUUCCUUCGUUUUUAAUUCAUUCUUGUCUUCUUUUUCUUUUCCUUCUCUUUCUCUUUUGCUCUUUUCUUCUUUUUCCUCCUCUUUUCCAUUCCAUUUCUUUCUGUUAUUCUUUUUUUUUAUUUUUUGACCUUCGUUUUUUUUUUCUCUUUUUCUUUCCAUUCACUUUCUAUUUUAUUUUUUUAUUUUUCAUUUUCUUUUCUUUUCCUUUUUUUUUUUUAAAUUAUUUCUUUUUCUUUUCUUUUCUUUUUGACUUUUUUUCUGUCAUUUUCAUAUUUUUCUUUGCCUCUUUUUCUUUCGAUUCCUGGACUUUGUUCUUUCUUUCUUUUUCUUUUUUUCGUUGUCUUUCUUUUUAUUCCAUUCGUUUUUUUCUGGUUUUUUUUUUUGCCAUUUUUUCUCUUUUUUUAAGUAUUAUUUUUCUACCGAUUCGUUUUCUUUCUUUUAUCUUUUUUCUUUCAUUUUCUUCCUCUUUCUUUAGUUCUCUGUUUUUCAUUCCUUUCUUCCUUUUUUUUCUUUUCGUUGUAUAUUUUCUUUCUUCUUUUAAUCUUUUCAUUUUCUCGUGUUUUCUUUCGUUUGCCUUUAAUAUUUCUUCUUUCUGUUUCCAUUGUCCUUUCUUUACCCUCUCUUUUUAUCGUAUUCUUUUUUUUCUUUUCCUUUCUACUUUUUGCUGGCAUUUUAGGUUAUUUCUUUUUCUUUCUUCUUUUUCUUUCUUCUUUUUCUUUCUUUCAACUGAUAUUCCUUCCUAUGGAUUUUUUUUAAUUGCUGCUCCGUUUUUCUUCUUUUUCGCUAUUCGUAUCUAUCUAUCUCAUUCUAUCUAUCUAUCUAUCUAUCCCAGGCUAUUCGUAUCUAUCUAUCUAUCUAUCUAUCUAUCUAUCGAUCUAUCCCAGGCUAUUCGAUCGUUUUCCCUUUCUUUCUCUUUUAUCAAAGACUUUCUUUCUUUCUUUUAUUUAUUUCCUAAUUUUUUACAUUAUUUUUUAUGUAUUUAUUUUUUACGUUUUACUUUCUUUAGUUUUCCCUUUUUCUCUUUCUUUCUCUCUUUCUUUUUUCUUUCUAUUGUUUUCUCUUUCUUUUUCUCUUUCUUUUUCCUUCUAUUGUUUUCUCUUUCUUUUUCUUUUCCUAUCUAUUGUUUUCUCUUUCUUUUUCUCUUUCUUUUUCCUUCUACUGUUUUCUAUUUCUUUUUCUCUUUCUUUUUCUCUUUCUUUUUCCUUCCAUUGUUUCUUUUUCUCUUUCUUUUUCCUUCUAUUGUUUUCUCUUUCUUUUUCUCUUUCUUUUUCCUUCUAUUGUUUUCUCUUUCUUUUUCUCUUUCUUUUUCCUUCCAUUGUUUCUUUUUCUCUUUCUUUUUCCUUCUAUUGUUUUCUCUUUCUUUUUCUCUUUCUUUUUCCUUCUAUUGUUUUCUCUUUCUUUUUCUCUUUCUUUUUCCUUCUAUUGCUUUCACUUUCUUUUUCUCUUUCUUUUUUCUUCUAUUGUUUUCUUUUUCUUUUUCCUUCUAUUGUUUUCUCUUUCUUUUUCUUUUUCCUUCUAUUGUUUGCUUUUUCUUUUUUCUUUUUCCUUCUAUUGUCUAUUAA